GUCCUCCUAUUCUAACCGUGCAUGCGCAGCUCCAGGAGCACGCAGCGCGGCGAUCAGUGCCCCAGCAGUGCCACCUGUCAGUGUCCAUCAGUGCCAACUGUCAGUGCUCAUCAAUGCCACCUGCCAGUGCCCAUCAGUGCAACAUCAAUGCCACAUAUCAGUGCCUACCAGUGCACAUCAAUGCCACAUAUCAGUACCCAUCUGAGCUGCCUUUCAGUGUCACCUAUUAGUGCCAGUCAGUGCCACCUAUCAUUGCCAGUCAGUGCCGCCUAUCAGUGCCCAUCAGUGCUGCCUAUCAGUGCCAUCUAACAGUGCCAGUCAGUGCCACCUAACAUUGCCAGUCAGUGCCACCUAACAGUGCCAUAUAUCAGUGCCCAACAGUGAUGCCUGUCAAUGCCCAUCAGUG